AUGUUUUUCCGCAUCUCAAGAAUCAUUUCCCGAAUCUCGCUUAUCUCUUCUCCGCGAACCUCUCAACACUUCCACGACUUCUCCAAUCAACGCCAUUCCUUCAUUAUUCCUCAACUUACCAAUAAGCUAAUUCCAGUUCAAGUCAAUUUCUUAUGUCCAUCUAUAAAUUCAUCAGCUCCAAAAUUUGGAUUUUCUUCAUCAACCUCAACUGAAACAAAAGGGAAAAAUGGGAAUGGUGUGCAUAAUGGUGAUUCCUCAAAUGACGACCAUGCAAAAACAAGUGAAGAUGCAAAGGAAAAUGAUCAGCCCGGACAAGCCAAGCAUGCGGAUCAAAUAGAAGAAUCGGGAUCUAUUUCAGAUUCUCAAUCUCGAACUGUCAAAAGAAGAAGGAGUGGUAUUAAACGGACUGCAUUUUCUGAUUCAGAUUCAGAUUCAGAGAGUGAAUCAAGUCUAUCCAGGGAUGAUUUGAUUAUACGUGUAGCUGAGAAGGAAGAACUUUUAAAAUUGAAGCAAAAAGAGAUUGAAAAAAUACAGGAAAAAUUUCUGCGUACUUACGCAGAGAUGGAGAAUGUAAUGGACAGGACUAGGCGUGAAGCAGAGAAUUCAAAGAAAUUUGCCAUACAGAAUUUUGCAAAGAGUUUACUUGAUGUUGCGGAUAACCUGGGAAGAGCUUCAUCAGUUGUAAAGGAAAGCUUUUCAAAAAUUGAUACAUCGACUGACUCUACUGAAGCGAUGAAACUCCUGAAGACACUUUUGGAAGGUGUUGAAAUGACUGAGAAACAACUUUCAGAGGUACUUAAAAAAUUUGGUGUAGAAAAAUUUGACCCUACAAAUGAGCCCUUUGAUCCUCAUAGGCAUAACGCGGUCUUCCAAAUCCCUGAUGAUUCCAAGCCCUCAGGCACUGUUGCGGCUGUGCUGAAGGCAGGAUAUUUGCUUCAUGACCGUGUUAUUCGGCCAGCAGAAGUUGGUGUAACCCAAGCAAAAGAAGAUAAUAAUCCAGAAGAAUAA